CAGUCUAAGGCAGAGCUCUUUAUGUCUUCACUGCCGUUUGCUUUUCUAGUACACGGUGUCUGUCCCUGAGAAUAAAGUGGGGGAAGUGGUGGUGAAGAUGCCUGUAACAGACGGAGAUGAUCCCAACACCCCUGCCUGGGCAACGAAAUUCAAGAUCAUCAGUGGAGACAGUGUAGGGAUGUUCAGCAUCACGACAGGCCCCAACAAACAGGAGGGCAUCAUCACUACAGCCAAGCCUCUGGACUUUGAAGCAAUUUCCAAGUACACACUUGUGAUAGCUGUGGAGAAUGAGGUCGAUUUUGCCAUGCCCCUGCCAACAUCCACUGCUCAGGUGGUGGUCAAUGUUGGUGAUGUCAAUGAGGCUCCCUUCUUCAGUCCAGCAGAGAAGAGAAUUUCCCAGCCUGAAAAUGUCCCAAAAGACACCAACUUGGUCUUAUACUCAGCCUCUGAUCCUGACACGGCCAAGAAUCAGAAAUUGACGUACAAAGUAGGCAGUGAUCCAGCUGGUUGGUUGAGCGUCAACGAGGAAACCGGAAUGAUUAAAGUGAAGAAUGAGAUGGACCGCAAAUCUACCUUCGUAAAAGACGGGCAGUACAAAGCUCUUAUUCUGGCUAUGGAUGACGGUAUGUAACCUUUUUCAAGGCCCU